AUGAUCGUGACACGGGAAUCAGCCCGCGAGUGGCAUGGCGAGCCGUCGGGCGAGAUCCAUGAGCCCGCGGGCUGCGGCGUGCUGGAGGGAUUCCCAUGUGCGGAGGCCCCGAAUCAGGCGGAGGCCGAGCGGACUGUGCAGGUCGUCUUGCUGGGGCAGAGCAUGUCCACUCCGAAGCCUGCUGCCGACUACCUAGCGGAGCUGAGGCGCGAGGUCAGCGAGCUUCGCUUGAGUCCGCUGGACCUUGAGGUGACUGAGUCAUUCUCGUUGGGUGGGGAGGCGGAGAUCAUCGAGGAGAUGUCGCAAGAAGGGGAAGAGGAAGAGGAUCUCUUGGAAUUUAUGGAGCUCGACAGCGAGGCCGUGGUGCUUCUCGACGCGCUGGGUGUGCUCGGCGGCGCUGGCCGCGGCGAGGAGGCGUGCGUGGAGUUGGAGGCGGCAAAGCAGGAGCAUGUGCGCACCAUGGAGCCUCGGCGUCUGUGCUGGGUCCGACGCUGGGUUGUGGCGAUGUGGCUGGCUCAGAAGGCGGGGUGGUUCUACCCCCCGAGGUGUAACGCGCUCGGUUGA